CUCUUCGUUUACGGCAAGUGUCUGCGACAAGAGUAACCGUUCUUAACCAAAACAAGGGACCCACGUCUCCAAAAUAUAUUGAACAAUCUUUGGCCGCUGCUUUUUUGAAUAAAUAUAGGUCUUGUUUGUCACGUUUUAAAGCUUUUAUAGUGAUAUAAUUAAGAAAUAUUAAAUGUUUCUUGGCGAGGAAAGCAGGAAACGCCAUUAAUUUUAAAUUUCGCGCUGUUUGCUCCGCUGCUAAUGAACGCGAUAACCUGUUAGCUGGGAACCAAUGACCUAAAAACACGAGAAAAAUGCAAUAAAGUAUCUUCAGCGCCGAUGAAAACUGAUGCACAAAUUCAAUGGAGGUGACGGACAUCGGGAACAAAGAGGAGGGGAAAGUGUGGCAUCGAAAACCAACACAGGGGAAAAGUGUGUUAGCUUCUCUGGUGCGGACUGCUCAGCAGGGGAAGGUUGUGCGCUUCCUUCACGUGACCUUUGACACCACAGGAGACUGUUUUCUGGCUGGAGAUCACCAUGGAAACAUCUAUCUGUUUGACAUCAGUAGAAACAGAUUUCGUCUCGUACAGAAAACGGGACAGGCUUGCACAGCUCUGGCAUUCAACCUUCGGAGGACCACGGAGUUCCUUGUGGCUUUAGCUGACUACACCAUCAGAUGCUUUGAUAAGGAUACAAAACAGCUGGUCAGUUGGAUGCGAGGUCAUGAGGGAGCUGUUUCAUCCAUCUCCGUCCACAGCUCAGGCCGCUACGCCAUCACGACAUCAUCAGACACAGCCCAGCUCUGGGACCUGGACACCUUCCAGAGGAAAAGGAAACUCAACAUAAAACAGUCUGUCGGCAUUCAAAAGGUGUUUUUCCUCCCUCUUAGCAACACAAUUCUUAGCUGUUUCAGUGAUGACUCCAUCUUUGCAUGGGAGUGUGACACACUUUUCUGCAAAUAUCAGCUCCCGGUUCCUGAUUCUGGACCCAGAAUCUCCUACAAGGCUUUUGCUGUCACCCGCGAUGGUAAAAACCUUGCAUCAGGUGGCCGCUCAAACUUGCUGCACCUGUGGUGUCUGGAGAGCCGUCAGCUUGUCAGAGUGAUUCAGAUGCCGAGUCAGGUUCGAACCAUCAGGCAGCUGGAAUUUCUGCCUGACAGCUUUGACGGCGGUGCUAGCCAGACAGUGGGUGUGUUGAGUCAGGACGGUGUGAUGCGAUUCAUCAACAUUCACACAUGCAAACUUCUCUUCCACAUCGGUUCCCACGAUGAGGCCAUAACCACGAUGACAGUCAGCCCCAGUGGUCGGCACAUUGUGGCCGUCAUGGAUAACGGGAGCAUUAACAUCUAUAAUGUCCAGAAUCUCACACAGGAAUUAAACAAGCCCCCUCCAGCCCAGGUUGCUGUCGUGUCUGGCGGUGAAGAUGUUCAGGACCUCACUCACCUGAAAAUGAAGGUCAGAUCAGAGCUGGUUCAGAGACCAAAGAAGAGUUCAGGAAGACAACCUCAGGUGAAGAUCCUGCGUCCACCUGCAGUGUCUUCAGCGGAAGAUAAAGAGAAUGAGUUACCAGCUGGUCUAAAUAAGAAGAGACUGGUGGCUCUACUGAAAGCAUUUGGAGAAUAUCCUGCAAAAUACAGGAUGUUUGUUUGGCGUUCUUUACUCUGUCUCCCAGAGAACCACGCGGCGUACAGCAGUCUGACUGACAAAGGCCUGCACUCCGCCUUCCUGACAUUGCACGAGAAAUACCCCAUCAAGAGUCAGAAGCUGCAGAGAGCACUGCAGAGAGUUUUGUCUGCAUUAGCUCACUGGGCUGCCAUUUUUGGAGAGGUGGAAUAUCUCCCUCUGGUGGCCUUCCCGUUUGUGAAGCUCUUCCAGAACAACGCCAUGCUCUGUUUUGAGGUGGUGGCCACUGUCAUAGUAAACUGGUGUCAGCACUGGUUCGAGUACUUUCCCAACCCGCCGCUGAACAUCUUGAGCAUGGUGGAGAAUGUUGUGGCUCAUCAUGACAAGGAGCUCCUGCAGCACCUGGUGGACUGUGGCAUCACCUCACAGCUUUAUGUCUGGCCCCUGCUGGAGACUUUGUUCUCAGAGGUUCUGACUCGUGACGAAUGGCUAAAACUGUUUGACAACAUCUUCUCCAAUCAUCCGUCGUUCCUGCUUAUGGCCUGUGCGGCGUACGUCAUCUGCUGCCGUGAGCCUCUGCUGCACUGCUCCCAGAAACAGGACUUUGAGUAUUUCUUUCACCAUCGUAACAACCUGGAUGUUGGAGCCAUGAUCAAAGAAGCUUACAGGUUCAUGAGCAGCACCCCGGCCGACCUCCAUCCCAGCACUAUGCUCUCUGACUUUACACCACUCACCAGCGGCCAGUAUCCCGUGUUCAACAAGUACCCAGAAUUCAUUGUGGAAUACCAAAGCAGGGAGCGAGAGAGAAUACGGCUGCAGGAGAUGGAGUAUCUGCGUGAGAGACAGCAGAUGUCAGCAUUGCGUGCAGACUUUGUGCGUCGUCGGGCUGAAGAAGAAGCCUUUUAUGCACAGCAGGAGUUGCUGCAGAAAGCAGAGGAGCAGCGCAGACACAUCCUGGAACAAGAGGAGGAAAAGCUAACACAGCAGAGGGCUAAGCUGGCAGCCAUGAAAAGAGAGCUGAAGGUCAAGGAGCUGCAGCUGCUGGACGCCACCAGAAGACGCUUUCUCAAACACCAACAAGAGCUGCGAGCCGCACAAAUAGAAAAACUGGACCAGGAAAUCAGCAGGAAGAUGGAUCUUCGUGAGAAAGAGACGGCCACGGCGGUCCAGGAUUUGGAGAUCAGACAAAUGGAACUGGAGGCUCAGAGGAAACGUCUGGAACAGCUUUUGCUGAAAGAGCAGCAACGCGUCGGGCGUAAAGCAGAAGAGGAGGUGCGAAUAAAGAUGAGGGAAGCUGAGGAAAACUUAACGGAGAUGUUACACGGAGCAGAGACCAACAUGCAGGCUCUGGAGGAGCCUCUGGCAGACGCCUGUCGGCUGGACUUGGAGUCUGACUGGCAGAGAGAGGUGGUGGAGCGUCUGCAGAGGGUGGAUGCUGAGCAGGAGAGGAGCAGAGGAGGACUGGAGGAGCUUCAAAGACAAACCCAGGAAGAGGAGCAGAGAUUGAUAAGCACCCUGCGAGAAGAAGCCCAAAGAAAGAUGGAUGAAGGCGGAGCUCAGAUACAGACACACACAGAAGGCCAGACACUGAUGGGGAUACAUUCAGCUUAUGACGCUCCAGGAUUUCCUCACAGACCUGCUUGUUCUAAGCAGACGGGAGCUAACAUGGUGUGUCUGAACAGCACCUCGCCUCCAGAGAGCACCUCUACCGCCUUCUCGUUUUGCAGAGGCAGGACCCAGCUGGAUAAUGGUGAGAGAGAGCUGCUGAAGGAAAUCAGAGAACUGAGGCAGAAGCUAGCAGCCAGGGCUAAAGAGAGCAGCUCGGCCUCCUCACAAUCCAUCUGCACUCCUACGUCUCCGUGAUCACAGAUUACUGUCGUCACACCACCAGGAACACAUGACAUCAGAAGCAUUUGUCCUCGCGUGUUUUUGCUUUAAGUAUUUAUUUAACUCAUGUCUCUCAGCAGUUGAUCUGCAGGAAGUGGACUUUUCCUUUGUUACAGAUAGAUGCACAACACCACGCUGAUGUAAGCGUUUUCUUUGUUUUUGCAGCUUUUGUCUGCUCAGAAUGUCACUGAGAAUGAAGGAAUUGAAGCUGCUAAUGGAAAAGUCUUUACAAUCUAUGAAGAUGAGCAGUCAAGCUUUAGUAAUGUAAACCUGGCUGCUGAGGGCAUAGAUUCAAUUCAAGAAAAGCAGGUUGUGUUUUUCUUUUUUCUACUGUUCUUAUUGCUGUGUAGAAAAUCUUGUGGAGUAUAUCAACAAACCAAUGAUGUUUUUUGAUGUGCUGGAGCUUUGUCUUCAUUUAUGUUUUUUUCUUUAUUUAUCUUAAGGCCUGUUGCUCCCUUUUCUUUAAUUUUUAACUUUUUUUUUUUAACUUUAAUUAAAUGAUCUAAAUUUUGUUGCUAAAUUUUCAUUUUUGCAUUAAAAGUACAAUAGCAAUUGUUUAA